CUCUGUCUCCAGUAUAAAUGUCACAACAGAACCCAUUUCAAAGCACUAAGCAGGAGCACCAAAGCUCUUCUCAUCCUUGUAUCCAUCGAUAUGAAACAUAUCCAGAAUAUGGGACAGCACCCCAAAGGCCCAUUGCCGAUCCAGAAAUAGGGAUGAGUUCAACGUCUGCAAAUAAAAGAGCAACAAUGAAGGCGGCAUCGGAUACAGCUAUAAAUGUAACAACUAUACCGAUCGACUUUACUAAGUGUAACAACACAUUUAGGUCUCCUCUAUCUCCUGCGCCUCCAUCUUCUCGACCUCCAUCCUCCCCUCCUCUUGAGCCCCAUGAUCUUAUUGGCGACAAGAAUGAUUCAUGGUUCAACCGGUCACGCCACAGGAUCGGGCAUAUUAUCGAAAGCAAAAUGACCCACAUCAUAAUCCUUACCCUAACGUCGAUUGAUAUUAUCCUAGUCAUGCUUCAAAUUGGCGCCAGUUUACUUCAUCUUGAUGAGACUGAAAAGGAGCAUUGGACCAUAUUAAUGUUUGAACAUACGUCACUUGCUAUCGUCAGUCUCUUUGUAGUGGAAAUCCUUCUCAAGCUGUAUGCAUUCGGUCCGUUGUACUUCUGGCGAGGAACCAAGCAUGGAAUCCUGCAUCUACUUGAUGCAUUAAUCAUAUUGACGUCAUUCAUCUUAGAAUUAGUCCUCAGAGGCGCUGCAGUAGAACUCUCCGGUCUAUUGAUCAUCUUUCGAUUAUGGAGAAUUAUUAAGCUCACAGGAACUGUAGCUAUCGAAGUCUCAGAGCAUGAUGAGGCUCGAUGCGCGUCAUUAGAGGCGAGGAUCCAACAGUUGGAAAGAGAAUUGGAACAAGCACAAUUGAAAAUUCAAAGGCUCGAGCGUUUGGAUUCACAUACCGAAAACAGCAAUAAAUCUCACUAAGGACAGGC